GACCUUGAAUGGAGAGUUUCUUUCUCUCUGGCAGAACAAAAACUUGUGUAUGCAAUGAACCACUGUCAAUUUUUAACCUACGGCUUACUUAAACUGUUUUUAACAGAAAUAAUAAACAAUGGACUUAGUGAUGAUGAUAAAUUACUGUGCUCCUAUUACAUGAAGACUGCAGUUUUCUGGGUGAUACAACAAAAUACAAUCCCUCACUGGUGUCCACAAAAUCUCCUGGGGGGUUUCUGGGUCUGUUUUAAACUCAUCCUCAAAUGGGUGUUUGAGGGGGUCUGUCCUAACUUUUUCAUUCCAGAUAAUAACAUGUUUUUGAGCAAAAUCCAUGGCAUCAAACAACAUCAACUAUUUAUAAGACUGUAUGAGUUGUAUGAGAUGGGUUUAGCAUUACUGCUAUACAGUCCCUCCAUUAGGCCUUAUAUUAUAAAUGUCCUUCAUAAACCUAGACUCUCCAUCUGUACAGAUCAACAGACUCUGAUUUCUGAGGCUGAGUUUGAUAUAUACCUAUACAAUGAAAUAUUAAGUCAUAACACAUUAAACAAAUUGUACAUGCAAGGCUGUAUGAGAUAUCUACAUAAAAUAGAACAGAUAAUAGGUUCACCCCUCCUGACACAGUAUCAAGUCCUAUUGCUACAGAGACUUACAGCUUCUGUCCUUCAGUACACUGCUUUUAUAUUACACAUGAAAACUUACACUCAUAAAAACAAAUUGAUGUACAUAGCUGACAAAAUCUCCUGUCACAUGCUGAAAUUAGCAGCCAAGUUUGGUUGUAUUACUGACAUGCUGUACAUAGCCAUGUAUUAUUACAAGACACUUCGAUACAAGGAAGCUUUAUCUAUUGUUAAGGGGAUCAAAGUCAUAUUAAAACAGCCAUAUGUGAUUUAUUGGGAUAAUGUAGAUACAGAGAUGUAUAUUGAGGCUGUAGGGGGGCAGUCCUGGUCUACAAAGAUAAGACAGGCUUUAGCACGGGACAUCAAACUUAUCAAUGAAAACCAUUACAUCAGUGAAUUGAUACCAGAACAACAGUCUGAUCUAAACAACCAUGUUUCUGAAUUAUCUGUCCCACCCUAUAUACUGUUAUACAUGCUAGAGAUCUUGUGUUACAGACAUGUAGACAAAAUGAGAGCACAAAGAGCUCUAGAUGAUCUACAGACCUUAGUUCACUAUGAUCAGGGGCAGCUUAUAGAAUUAAAUUACAGAGACAUAUCGUGGCAGAUUCUAGGGAUCUGUCAACAGAUGACAGGGAACCUCCAGGCUGCUCUAUACUCAUACCAACAUUCUCUCAGACAAGAACCAACCCACAAAAUACAAAUAGCUACAAUUAUCAGAAUUAUUAUAUUAUUGUACAAACUUUAUUUCAGUUAAU